AUGAAACUCGGAUCCCACAACGUUAAGGAGUUUUGGGCUAAUGCGUGGGCGACGCAUAAUACGGGGUGGAAGACGUGGGAGCAGCUUGCCUCCUUCACACGCAUCCUGACCGCAUUCCUGCACGGCGCGGGUUUCCUCUCCGCGGAGGAGCAGGCCGAGGCGGAGAGGCAAAAGGAGGGCGCGUAUGGGGCCGUGUCCCGCUUUUUGGCGGGGAAAACAGCCUUUGUUCCACUGUGCGGCGACUCUGCGGCUCUGGCGUACAUGGUCGGCUGCCGGGUCAAGCACGUUGUUGCUGUCGACCUGAGCGAGGAGGCGCUAACCACACAGCGGCAGGUGAAAUUCCCAGAUUUGCAGUUUCAAACGACGCGGCUGGAGCCCGCCGAGGGGGCCACGGAAGGGAUCGAGGUGCACGAGGCCACGAUGGACGGCAGCCGCAUCACGCUCUUUCAGGGAGACCUCAUGCAGCUGCCCCGCUUCAAGGCGUACUGUGAGCUGGAGGUGGACUUUCUGUUUGACUGCGCCUCCAUGAUGGCGAUCCCCGCCGGCCUCCGCGGCGCGUACGUGAAGGCGGUGACGAGCGUGCUCCGCCCAAGCUCGGUGGUUGCCUACCAGCAGGCGGUGCGGCGACUACCGGAAGAGCGCGACUGGGGUCCGCCCUUCAUGGUGGACAUGGAUGAGGUGCUACAACUGUAUCGGCAAUACACGGGGCGGGAGUAUAAGGCCACGCCCGUCCUGAAUUUGGACGUGGAGGGCAAGCUUUACCCACAGUGGUACGCGAUUCUGCCGCAAAAUUAG